AUGGCGGAAGAGAGAAUACCGAAGUUGGAAGUCAGUUUAGAGGCACCACUUCACGAACGAACUGAUUCUCCCUUUACGACUUCCAUCAACGGUCACCCCCUACCAUCAAAGUUCAAGUUGCCUUCUCUAGAUUCAUAUGAUGGAACACGUGACCCGUUUGAUCACAUAGCCACUUUCAAGACCACCAUGCAUCUUCAAGGGGUGCCUGAUGAGAUAAUGUGCAGAGCCUUCCCUACCACCCUUAAAGGUUCAGCGCGAGUUUGGUUUAGCAAAAUACCUCCAAAUUCGGUUAGUUCUUUUGAAGAGUUGAGUAAAUUGUUUGUUAACAAUUUCAUUGGAGGACAAAGGUACAAGCGUUCCUCGUCCAAUUUGUUGACAAUAGAGCAGGGAGAGAACGAGAGCCUUCGGUCAUUUAUCACCCGUUUUAACAGAGAGGCUCUCAGUGUGGAUGAAGCAGAUGAUAAGCUUCUACUGGCAGCCUUCCACAAUGGGAGGAAGAGGUCCGAGAGAAUGGACGCAAAUCCCAGUCGUCAUCACGAGCAAGGUACUCGUCCAAAGAAGGGAUGGACGGAGGAAAGGAGAGACCGAGAGAGUAAGAAGCCUGGCCCUUCAGUAUGGAACCAGCAGUAUACCCCUUUAAACGCCCCGCUUGAGCAAGUCCUUAUGCAAAUAAAGGAUGAUCCUUCCCUGAAAUGGCCGGAGAAAAUGAAGGGUGAUCCCAACAAGCGCAACAGAAACAAGGAAGUUGAGGGGUUUCCUUGGACGAGACCAGAGGGACGAGAAACAGAAGGGAAAGAUGGAAGAAUCAUCGCGACCACCACUCGGAGAGAUAAGAGUCAUCAUUGGGGGAAGUUCAACUGGCCAGUCGUCCAAGUCCAAGAAAGCAUACUUGAAGGUAGUACAGAGCGUCCAGCUUUCUGGACGAUCACCAAGAGCAAGGUCUACGGACGAGUGGACAAAACUUUCACGGACGAGGAUGCUGACAGAAUUCAUCACCCUCAUGAUGAUGCUCUCGUCAUCUCCUUACUAAUUGCAAACUACACAACCAGAAGAGUGCUUGUGGACAAUGGAAGCUCAGCAGACAUUUUAUAUUAUCCAGCUUUUCAGCAGAUGAGAUUAGGACGAGACCAGCUCCGUCCAGUGAACUCCCCCCUAGUAGGUUUUGGUGGGAUAAAGGUGCAACCAGUGGGUACCAUUUCCUUAUCCGUGGUAGUGAGGGCAUAUCCACGACAAAUUACCAAGGACGUGAACUUCCUUGUGGUAGAUUGUCCAUCCUCCUACAAUGCCAUUAUUGGGAGACCAACUUUGAAUAGUUGGAAAGCUGUUACCUCUACUUACCACUUAUCAGUCAAGUUUCCAAUAAAACACGGGGUAGGACAGGUACAAGGUGACCAACUGGCAGCAAGAGAAUGUUACUUGGCCAUGCUGGCCAUGGAUGAACAAGUUCAAGCAAUGAACAUUGAAGAAAAGAAGGUGGUAGUAGAGCCUACUGAAGCAUUGGAAGAUAUUUUCCUUGGAUGA